AUGCACACACAGCAAGUUCGUCAUUUGAUCUUCACAGAUCCAAUCACUCAAAGUACUAGCAAAAUAUCGCUCAAUGUGAGCCAUCAAAAUGGUUGUACUGUGUUCUCAGCUUUUGUAUUCCGACAAUUAUACGAGUACAAGUCCGAACCAAAAAGUGAUCCCGAGCUUGAUGUCUAUAAUAACUUUUUCAAUCCGGCCAUGACAGCUACAUGGCAAAUUCCAAAUGAAAUUUUGGUAAUUUCUGUUGGGAUUAAAAGUAUUCAAUUGUUUAGACAGAAUUUAACUUCAUAUCAAGAUUUGGAGAGACGAAUGCAAAGUAUUUUGGAAAAGCCUUUGAUUUGUGUGUUGAAGGAUCCAAUGACAAGUGGAGGAAUGAAUUCAACAUCUGUGCAACAACUUUUACCUGCAAUUAGUGGAUUGGGUUGUCAUGUGACUGCAUCUUCAUCAUGGAGCCCAACAUACAGUGCUGUGAAUGUGGCACUCAAUCAUCAACAAAAAGUAUUUGACGCGGGCCAAUACGAUGUAGAUACAGAUAAAUGUUGGGUUGCCGCUAAUGGAGAUAAUAACCCGUGGUUGAAAGUGAACUUUGGAGAGUUGGCAUUUGUUCAUAAAAUUGAAAUUCAAGGGCGAAAGAAGUACCAGCAUUGGGUGUCACAAUUUGAAUUGCAUGCUUCACAAGAUGGAGUGAAUUGGAUGGCUGUUCCUUACAAUCCUCAAUCCACGUUAUUUCCUGGGAAUACGGAUGAAUCAACCAUAGUUUCGCACACGCUACAAAGCCCCGUGUUGGCGCGUGUGUUGAAGAUUGUUCCCAAAACAUGGCAUACUGAAGCCAAUAUGAGAUGUGAAGUAUAUAUAACGUUCCCAGAAAAAGAGUAUUACCAUUCAACGAUUUAG